UUCACCGUAUCGAGCUCAGUUGAACAUUGAAAUUCGAACUCUUCGGACGGUAACGGAACGAAAAUUUCCAAACAAAAUUUUCAAUUUUUUCGUGCAAAACCAGUAACGUAAUUUGAACGUACACCUUUACUACGGCUUAUUCCCCAUUGUUGCAGGACAAAUCAGAUCUAUACACCAUGUGCAGCUAUCCUUGCUAUCCUUGCGCCGCCUUGUGCCCCUGCGGAGGCAGUGGACCCAGUGGAUUCUACGACCCGUGCUUUGGACCCUACAACGGACCGUUUAACUCGUGGUGUGGGGCAAGUGGACCCGGUUUCUGGAGAGGUGGAUGUUGCUAGUUUUUGUCGAAGGCUGUAUUAUGCUACUUUCUCACACGGAAAAAUCGGAACUGCUGAACAUCUCUUGCAAAUUUGAAUUGGCAAAAGGAAACUAAAUUACCGUCCCGCAUGAAGAAAGAAACGUUUAUUUAAUAAAGUGUUCAAAAUA